AUGCACUCGUAUCCCUGGACGCUUUGUAAUUGGAUAUCCUGUCUGGCCAUCUUGGGGUUAUUAUUUUUGGCUACGAUUAUGGACCGAGGAGGCGGCGAUGCCUACAAAUCUCAGAAAACUCGAGCCGCCCCGAAAAACGGCUCCAACCCGUCGAUAAAUGCGACAUGCUCUCCGGUGGAUGUGGGCUGGAUCGAAGCCGAUUACUCAGAAAAAUACCUGGUUGGGUAUAUGGGGAUGCAUGAGGGCGGGAAUCAGAUGGGCAAUUUGGUCUUCGAGCUGCUGGGAUUUGCCGGUAUCGCCAAGGUGCUUGGCAGAACCCCAGUAAUCGUCCUCGGCAGCAAGCACGACUACGGUGCGCGACCCCAAUUCUGGGACAACCUCCUCUACUACCCAAAUUUCUACGCGGGCAUCCGUUUCGUAUGCGACCCGGGAUUCAACAAAUCGCAGCAUCGUCAGGCCGGUUUUUUCAACAGGGACGAGAGUUGCGUGACAAUAUUCUCGGAUGAGCAGGAUUUUGUGGAGGAUAUGGUCGCAAAUGACUCGGAUUAUUCAGAUUUGAAAUCCCGCAUCUACCUACCCCCGGCUCGGACAUUCCGCCAUCAGAUGCCGAAGCACUACACCUGGGCGUUCUUUGGAACGCACUGUACACAUAUCGUACUGACGGCCUCCCAAUCAACUUUCGGCAUCAUCGGCGCGUACUUGGCUGACGAGUCGGUGAAGGUGUACGUCAGCAGCCACUACCCAGCCGACGUCGAUCCGUCGGCCAUGUUUCUGAAGCAUUGGCGAUUCUUGGACGUC